AUAACUUUAGGCUUCAUUUAGCUUCCCGUAGGUAGAUUCACGUCUCUGCACAGAUGAAGUUACUGAAAUCAAUAGAGCUGAGGCACAAGGGGGUCAGUCUGCGCAGUGCUCCUCUGAUUUCACGAGCAAAGCACUCGCUGCUGGGUCCAAGCUUCCAUCUGUGUUGGGUUUUAAAAGGUUUCUCUGCUCUAGAAUAAACUAUGAAAGCCCUUGAUUAAGUCAUUACGAUGCGUAAUUCCCUGGCAUGCCAAGAAUCUGGUCCCAAAUUGACACAAAGACAAGUCUACUAAGGACGAACGGGUGUUCUGGGUUUUAUUGUGAAAACUCCAAAUGACGUAUGCUGAACUGCUGGUGCAGAGUUUAGUUGCUCGUGCUACUGAUAGCCAUUGAAAUGCCUCACUGAUUAAAUGUGAUUGCAACAAAGGAUGACCACAGUCCUGCAUCUGUUUCUUUGGGAAGCCAGCCUGGUGCUUUGAGCAGGCUCAGCGCUUCUCCCAGCACUCAUGAGCUGAGGCAGGAGACUCCUCUUGAGUUUCAGGGGUCAAACAGUCAGCACAAGGCAAUCAUGCUUCCAGCUGGGGCACUCAGGUAUUGCUUUACCGUCCAGAACAUUCAGCACAAACAGCAAAUACUUUGCAUUGAGAUUAACUGAAAGUGUGCAGAAGAGCUCAUCUUUCUGAAAGACCCCAUCAUUUGGGGGUGUGAGCAGACUCCAUUAUCAGCAUCAUUACUAACACACUUCCAGCUUCUGUGCUACACUCCCUGGAUGAACCAAGGGCUUGAUAUACUGACACAAAGGGACAUUAGAUUUCCGAGUUCUUCCUGGCACUGGGCUAAUGCAGGACAUUUUAUUCUAAACAAACAGUUCCAUAUCUUAGGUUGUAAGCAGACAGAAUUAAUUUAAUACCAAAUUUUAGACUCUUUGAAAGUCUUACCAAACUGCAAUGUAGUCUGAGCCUUCCUGCUAUGUUAGGUGAAGGACUUAAAAAAUCCAGAAAUGUGAUAAAGGCCAGUCUCUAAGCACCACAACAAUUUCAUGCAAAUACACAAUUGAGGAGGUAAAUAAAAAAAAUUGUGGCAAAAUUACUGAAUUAGGGUUCAGAAAUGUGUUUUAACAUAAAUCUUUAUUUUGAGCAUAUGAAACUUGCUAAAUUCAUGCUACACAUUCAUGUCCUAAACAUAAUUCCUAUUCAAAGCAGAUCUAGAUUGAUUAUAACAGACAAAAAUAUCUGCACGCUGUUGAAUUUUUUAAACAUGAUUUAAAAUAAUUCAAGACAAUUUGAAAGGGGAAUAAAAAUAAAUGCACUCUCAGAGUGGACCCUGCAUGUAAAACAAAGUAACAGUGAGUUACAAACUUCCCUGAAGAGUGAUUUAUGGUAUAGAAAUACCAGUGCUGCUACAACUCUCUUCUAUACAGUAAUGAGUAGAUAUCAUGAAAAGGGGACUAAAGUGAUUUAUUUAAAAGAUACACUAUCUUCUAAAGGCAACAUAUUUAAUCUAUGGAUCACCAACCCUUCAGCCAGUGCAAAGGUUUCUGGUAUUAUCAGGAGCAGAUGCAGGCUUGAUCUAAAUGAGGGAGAAGCAUGGAAGCAAGCACACUCCUGGAGGGCUGAGGCCACAGCUGUCUCAGAUGUGUGCCACCACAUUUUAAAUGUCACCACAAAUUAGAGUAUCUUUAAAGCACUGAUGCAGCUGAUGUUGAAUGCCUGUCCCUCCUGAUAUCACUACAUCCAGAGAUACAGAUCAAAAUGAAAACUGCAGAUCAAAAUACAAAUGGACCUUGCCGAUGUUGACAUUGGACUCACUAUAAAGGAAUGAGCCAAAAGUCAAGAGCACUCUUGCCUUAUGGCAGUGGAGAUCACACGAAAUUUUGGUUAUCACGGUGAGCUAUGAGCCCUUAACUUAUUUCAUGGAUAUUUACAAUCAGAUCUUUUUUUUUCUUUUUUCUUUUUUUUUCUUUUUUCCUUUUUCCACUUCUAGAAACAAGUACUUUCAGCAGUGAAGCUGGAUUCAGCCUGAAGUUUUCCACUGGGAUCUGCAAGGUCUUGCUAAGCUUCAACCAAGACUGGUAAGUAGGUAAGUAAGCCUUACUUUUUUGAAGGUAAAGUAGCCUUAUUUUUCCAUAGCUCGUUGCCAACAAUCUAUGACUCCUUGUUCAAAUUAUCCUAAUCCCGGACAAACAUUUGGAAAGGCUCGUGAGAACUUGGAGCAAACAUGUGUCCAUGCACAUGGGCACGAUGACACGUGGCACACGAAUGGUGGAGCAGUGUGCUUGGCUGCUCUCUUGACUCAUGAUGAUGAGAGAGGUUUGGAUCCACAAGAAGCCAAGUUCUGAGCUGAGUUACCAGAGGAAGUCACAGGGCAGUGGUUGGACCCUGAAUAACACAGCCAAAUUGCUGUGUGGUAUUUGGGGAAUGGGAGAGAGCUUGUGCUGUAUUGCUCAGCACACAAGGGCUAUUCUGCACUGCCCUACAGCUCAGCAGAAGGCUCCUAGGUUAGAGUAUGCUGGGGACUGCUCCUGCUUUCCAACUGGCCUAGAAUAUCUCAGCUGGCCUAAUAGAUGCAAAUAUAUCUGCAACCCUCCUUUCCAUCCUGGUGCUCAUCUUGUGUGCUCCGUCAGCACCUCCUGAGAUACACAGCACAAAAGCUGGCUCCAAGUGUCUGUUUCAGUUGCCACAGAAUUUGAGAUCUAGGAUCCUUAGGAGUCUCAGCGUUGCAGUGCUGUGGCUCUGUGCUGCUCAGAAUCCCAGAGCACUGACUUGGUGUUGGCACCCAGGAGGGAUGAGGAGCUGAGCCUGCAGCCAAGACGGCUGCGACUAGGUGGCAGCACUCCACUGGGCAAACCGAGCCGGGACCUCAGCGAGAGCCAACUGCAACUGGAAGGAAAGACUGCAUAUCCACAUCUGUAGGAAAAUGGAGUCGAGCAGAAGUGACCAAACCCUCCCUUACAUCAGGGCUGUGUGGGACAGCUGGAAUGUUAAAAGCGAACUGAGCAGUUCUUUUGCAAUGAAACUCAAUGCCACACACACACACAUUUGGACAUCAGAAAGGGAAGAAAACCAGAAAAAAUCUGUCAGAACUUUCUCAAAAACUCAGACUGUUCCUCCAGACAAAGCCUGGCUGCCUUAGAAGAGUUCACAGCUCCCAAAUUCACCUGGAACUGGAGCAGCUCUGGCAAGGCAGAUGCAGCACAAACAGCUCCAAGGAGCUCGUGUCAUUUUGGCUUAGUUUUGUUUGAAACAAGAUAAGAUACCAUCAUUUCUUACCAGUCAAUUUUAUGAGAAUCUGUCAACUCACUUCCCAUCUGUGCUGGAAAAUAAGCCUUUUCAGGUUAGGUGAGAAUGUGGAGUCAAAUCCACAGAGCAUGGAUUUAAAUUAAAGUAUUUGAAGUCCCUGGCUUGCCAGCUAGCAAGGAGAGGGUUUGCAUUUGAGCUUCCAAGUCAGGCAGGUUUUUAUUUCAAUGGUAUUGUCAACAUUUAUCAUGUAUAAAAGAGAAAGUACAUAGAGGCAAGAGGAAAAGAGGGGAACAGCAAGAGUACACAAUAUGCAUUACUGAGGAGAUAGAGCAGGUAGGAAUAAGAAUGGAGACACAUUAUGCUAAAGGUAUUUGCUUAUAAGUACAAAACGUGAAUAAAAUCUGGUAGGAUAAAGGAAGGCACUGCCUAGCAUAGAUAAUGAGAAUCAGACCCACUACGAUGCAGGUAAGAGACCUAAAGCUGACUUCUUACAGUGCUCAGAGCUGAACAGUAGAGCUUGGGAAGGUAGGGCUAUGUGCUCUGGUCUAACCUUAUAAAUACAUAUAUAUACAUAUACACACAUACACAUACACAUAUAUAUACACAUACUAAGACAUAGCAACUGUCACAGCUACUAAACACCCAGCACUUGGAAUCACACCCUGCACAGCAUAUUAUUGAAAAGAAAAUGUGUCUGACAUGGAGGUCAACAGGCUUGGGGCAGCUUCAACAGCCACAUCCCAAAUUCUGGCCACCAGUGUCACACCUUGCUGCUAAAGGUGUCUGCUUAGAGCUGCCAUCCCUCUUCUGGAAGCUGAGCACUGAGCUUUACCUUGCAGCCCUGCAAGAGAUCAAGGGGCUGGAAGUGCAGCAUUUGCACCCAAAUUGCUAAAGUAUUAACAUGGAUUUCUUUCAAUAGUGGUGACAUAUUCAUAGCCUUAUCUGAUCACUCCUUUCAGAAUCCUAAAUGCUCCACUAAUGAAGAAAUAUCAGCCUCUGCCUGUGUUAUGAUGCUGUAGGUGGUGGAAAAAACAAAACCUGUCUCCUCAAGUACUGUUCACUGUCCCCAUGUUCAAGGAUUACUUGUAUUCAGAAUGAAUACAUAAGGCUUUUCAUUAAUCGAUUACUGAGAGAGUCAGGAGUGAUUUACAACCUCAUAGAAUGUGCUAUAUUGAAGAAGGGUUCUCAUGAUUUUUCCUCAAGUACUUCUUGCAGCCCUGUUUGCAGCAAGCACUUGACAGGAGAGGAGCUGAGCAGAGCCAUGCUACCCCAUCCCAGAAAUUUUUGCCCAGGUUUAGUUGAAUUGGAAGAGUUAAGAACCAUCUUUUUUUUUUUUUUUUUCCUUUUUUUUCUUCUAUUUGCAUUCCCCCCACACCCUCCCCAAAAAAUGUUGGCAGUUUGCUGACACCGCUGAGCAUAACAGAGGCAAAGCCAAUCUGCCAAAGCAGCAGCUGGAGGUGUGGGAUGGAGAACACCUCUGAACCUUCAAAGUGAGCUCUGGUUGGUAAGACAGUGUGUGUGAAGGGGACAGCUAGCUUCCCACCCCAACCCAAUGCUGCCACUGGGUAGCAUCCAACACGUGAGUUUUUCCAGCUUAUCUCCCUCCCAAACCCAUUCUGAGCACAGUGAACAUGGUACCAGCCAGCUCUGCUUCCAACAGAAAGUGAGUCAAAUAUUUUCCUUGUAACCAAAGGAAAGCCCAAAGGUCUGGGCUACACUGAUGAUGAUGGCUUGAGGUUUCAAACCUCGCUGCACAUGGAAAAUUACGGUGUCAGUCUGAGCCAGGUUCACCACAUACAGAAGAAAAACCCUGAGAAGGAAGUGGAAAGUAUGCUUUUCUAAUCAAUGGUUUUCUGCAAAACUGAAGUCAGAGCAGCAGCAUACACAAUCUGGGGGGGACGAAUCAGACCUAUAAAUACAGCACAUUUGCAUCACAGCUCUAGAUAGGCUUUGCUCCAGUGUGAUCAGCUGCUCUGAAGUCUUUGCAGUGGGAUGAAACUCCCUUGCGACAGUUUCACCCUUUAGCAAAGUCAGAACUGGUUGUCAAGAAAGAGAGGGUUUUACACCUCUGCCUCUUUUCCCCUCAAAAAACUGCUUGAUCAAAACAUAGAAUUGAAGAGUUGCCACUGUAGGUAUCAUACUAAUUUUGUUAUUUGUCAAGAAAGAAUCAGGUAUCACACAUCACCAGCUUCACCUCGUAUUUUCUACCUCAUGUUCUGACACACUGACUGCAUUAGCAUUGUCUUUUAUACUCAAAAUAUUUUUCACACCAAAUUCCCUGUGGGGGAAAGAAAUCUUUGAAGCCACCCAUUCAAAUCUUCAAAGAAGGACCUUGAAGAGCACUCAUAGAGUGUGAGAAAGUUUGGAGAAGGAGAUCAUGCUAAAAAGUUGGUUUUCCCCUUUUGCUUUCCAUACUUUUACCACUGCUGAGCUUCCUCUGCCAGUCGUUACAUAAAGCUCCCUGAUGGAAAAGCUUUAUCCGUUUCUCCAUGUUGCAAACUUCUACCAGAUUCUUCCAAAAUUUGUGACAGAACUGACCCACACGCAGUGGGUCUGCAUUGCAGACUGCAGCUUUAACCACUGGCAAUGAAGAGAUUUGGGGUGCAGGAUGUUGGGGGUUAAGAGCAGACUGCAUGUUCCUAUGGCAUGCACAUUUCAAGACAUUUUUUAAAGCUGAAUCUCUAUUAGUGUUACAUAGAAAAAAAAGACCCUAGGAAAUGCAAACUUAUACUGCUGAAGAAUGUGGUAAAAGAUGGCAGAUUUCAGUUUUAGAGUCAUACUGCCUAUGAAAAUAAUAAAUCACUCAACAAAACUGUCUUCUCCCUGGAGCAGACAUUUGUCUUUCAUUUCCGCUAUGACAUAUUCACAGCCUACACAAACAUUAAGUCAUUACAUUUGAACAGGAACUUUGUGGUAAAACCAAAAAAUUCCAUCAAAACCAGAAGAUACAAAGCUGUGUGCAUGUCCUGUGGCUGCUCAUUAUUGAGCCUGAUUAAGAGCAGCACACCGCUCUCUGAGCUUCGUACUAAAUGGAAACUGCUGAGUUCUAUUAUGUUUAUUAUUUAGCUCAAGAUUAUCUGCAAUAUGUGCUUCAGGAAUCACAUCUUGGACCAGCCCAAACCAGAGUUGCUCAUGUCUUGCGAAACAUUGCAUCCUCACUCCAAGAUCAGACAGAGGAGGCUCUCAGACCCUUCUUGGACAGGAUCGAUAUUACCUCCGUAGAUGUUGCCAAGAGAAUUUUCAAUGGAGUCAUGGAAGAAAAAUUUGCUGAUGGAAAUACUAACUGGGGACGAAUUAUGACCAUAUUUACUUUUGGAGGUCUUCUCACCAAGAAGCUUCAAGAGCAUGGAGUUCAGCUCACUGGAGAGGAGAAGGAGCAGAUUUCUUAUUUCAUCACAGAGUACAUCAUAAAUAACAAAGCCGCAUGGAUAGAUGCAAACGGUGGCUGGGAAAACGGUUUCCUAACAAAGUUUGAAAGAAGAUCACCACUAUCUUUCUCUACAAUUACAGACAUAUUUGCAGCUGUUUUUUCCUUGUUCAGAGAGUACUACUGAAAUAAAUGGACCUGCUUGCUGCCACAAGCUUCAUUGCUGAGUUUUCCUCCAAGCAGUAUCAACUAGAAAAUAACCUCCCUGCAUAAUUUGUUUUUAAUUUAUUUCUAUUUAUUUUGACUAAUGCAAUGUCUAACACACUCUCCUAAUUGUCAAAACUAAAGAAAAGAUGCUUCUGAAGAGGAAUCAACACUGCAAUGUGCAGCAAUGUAAGCCAACCUUUCCAGGCACAACUGCUUUGAGAGAGAGAUAGUCCUUUGCAUCCAGACAGCUCUUGGAAUCUCUGUUGCACCUCCAAUGAAAGGACAUUGUCUUACUGAAUUACAAUCCAAUGGGUUAGGAAACAAGUUUUAAUCUCAUUUGUUUUGUAAAUGAAAUACUACUGUAAUGCAUUUUUAUUGCAACAUUUGUAUAAGCAAAAGGGGGGGAUUUCUGAGGAGAAAAAGGAAAUGCAAAUUGCAGUGUAAAAGUGGGUACAAGUUACUGAUCCAGACAAAGCAAUCUUAAUGUGAAGAACAACUUGUGGAAGCCAGCAGUUUAAAAAUGUGCACUCACUUACUGUAAAUGCAAUGGUAUGUGUUUCUUUGUUCUAUUUUUAAUUGCUCAUAUCUACACUGACCUUUUGAAAUUUUGUAAUGCAGUCACCUGGCUGGACUUUUCAAAACUAGAUUUUUUAAAGAGAGAAGUACAAAUUAUUCUGAUUUUUUACAGUGUAGCUACACUAAUAUUUUUGGGAAAAAAAUUAAAAUAUGUAUUUUCAAAUCUUAUGGUGGGCCUCAUCUGUCUCAGAAAAAAAUGUAGGAUGGGAGAAGGGGGGAAGAUCUACCUCGUUAAGGUAACUCAUGAAAGCUGUUAGAGAGCCACUGGAAAUUCUAAAUAAUACAUGGGUUAGAAGUGAAGACCAAGAAUGUCAAUACUACAUUUGCUGUAGUGCUCAAGUAUGAUAUGGUAGUUUAUAAAAGCAACAGACCAGUUUUCAUAAAAUAAAUGAUCUGAAUCAACUUUGAUGACAGAAAUGAGUGUUUUGGGUUACGCUGCCAAGUCAGCAAAUUCACAAGUAGCCCUAACAGAUUUCCAGACCUUUAUAGUCUGGGGCAACUAUUAUUUUGACUCAAGCACCAUUUGAUUUGAAACUUUUAACAGUAGUUUUUCACUGAUUCAUUCUAGAAGGGUGUUCUUUAGCUGUGCUGACUGUACUACAUUUGGGAGCCAAGGUAGCACUGGGCCUGUGCUCGCAGCAGCAACAUUCUGAGAUAAAUGCUCUGUAUCACCAAGGCCUUAUGACACUGGCAGAAUGAACCAGCCUUCUUCUGGUAAUGGGUUCUCCAGCCAACUUGGUGGCUUUAACUACACACACAGAUGUUAACAUCUGCCAGAAACUGUAUCACUUCCUCUUCCAUGAAAGCAAGAGAGAUGAUUUAGCAUUCAUAGCUGGACUUCAGCUGGCCUCCUUUUCAGUGUCUAAAGAGGGACUGUAAAAAAGGAGACAGACUCUUUAGCAGGGUCUGUUGUGAUUGGACAAGAGGAA